GUGGACGCGAUUACGUGCGCUCCACACCUAUCCACCGGCGACUCUUUAGCAUCAUGGAUGAACGCUACGUCACCAGCAUCAACUUGAGUGUGCGGUCGGGGCAGACGGCGAAUUUCCGCCAGGUCAGGACCGAAGUGCGGGAAUGGAGCCUGCAGAACGGACACAGUCUGCGAGAGGAACAGCGGCCGCUGCUUUCGUACGGAGGGUCCCCUCGGACAGCACGCAGUGUGCUCACCGUGCAGCCCGCGCCUGCGGCUAAGGAGAGCCGCAUCUCGCGCCUGCAGUACCAGCACUCUCUUCACCUGCCGCAGGACCGCAUCUACAAGCUUGGUGAACCAGGUUCUGGUCUGCGCCCAAGGGGAAAAAUUCAAGAUUUCUACCAACUUCGGGCAGAAUGUCUUGAAAAAGGAAAAUUAUUUGAAGAUCCACUAUUCCCUGCAGAGGAUUCAUCCAUAUUUUUCAGCAAAAAGCCAAAAUGGCCCAUACAGUGGAUGCGACCAAAGGAAAUAGUGUCACUACCAAGAUUGUUUGUGGAAGGAGCAUCUCGAUUUGACGUGAAACAAGGGGAAUUAGGUGAUUGUUGGUUUCUGGCAGCUGUGGCUAAUCUUACACUCAAUGAUCACUUGUUCUCACGAGUCAUACCACAUGACCAAAACUUUUAUGAUAAGUAUGCUGGUAUAUUUCACUUCCGAUUCUGGCAAUAUGGACGUUGGGUAGAUGUUGUAAUUGAUGACAGAUUACCAACACACAAUGGGAAACUUUUGUUUCUUCAUUCGGCAACAUAUAAUGAAUUUUGGAGUUCUCUACUUGAAAAAGCUUAUGCUAAGUUAUAUGGUUCAUACGAAGCUCUUAGCAGUGGUGUUACAUCUGAAGCAAUGGAAGAUUUUACAGGUGGUGUCACUGAAAUGUUUGAACUUAAAGAUGCUCCUCCUAAUUUGUACAAAAUUCUUAUAAAAGCAUACGAACGUGGUGCCUUAAUGGGAUGUUCUAUAGAGGCAGACCCUGAAGUCCUUGAAGCCAGAACCCCAGAAGGAUUAAUCAGGGGCCACGCAUACAGUAUAACAAAUGUUAAGUAUGUGAAUAUUGCCACACCUCGUAAAACUGGAGUAAUUCCGCUUAUUCGUGUGAGAAAUCCUUGGGGUGAUGCAUCUGAAUGGAAUGGAGCUUGGAGUGAUAAGUCUCCAGAAUGGAAAUUCAUUUCAGAUAGUGAGAAGGAAAACAUUGACUUAACUUUCAAAGCUGAUGGAGAAUUCUGGAUGUCCUACAAUGACUUCAAGAAAUAUUUUACUCGAAUUGAGAUCUGUAAUUUGAGUCCUGAUGCACUACAAGAAGAACAUAUCAAAGGAAGUGGAAGGAAAUAUGAAAUGAGCAUAUUUGAAGGUGAAUGGGUACGAGGAGUCACAGCAGGUGGCUGCAGAAAUUACAUAGAUACCUUCUCACAUAAUCCACAGUACCGUAUAACACUGGAAGAUCCAGAUGAAGAUGAUGAUGAUGACAAAUGCACAGUAAUAAUUGCAUUAAUGCAAAAAAAUCGUAGAUUACAGAAGAAAAGUGGAGCUAAUUUUCUAUCUAUAGGUUUUGCAGUAUACCAUCUCCCGAAUCCAGAUAGUUUACCAAAACCUCUGGACACAGCUUUUUUCAAAAGAAAUAAAUCAGCAGCAAUGACACCACAAUUCAUCAAUCUACGGGAAGUUACUUUACGCUUGAAAUUACCACCUGGUGUUUAUUGCAUAGUACCAUCAACAUUUGAACCAAAUGAGGAAGGAGAAUUUAUCAUCAGAGUAUUUUCAGAAAACAAAAUUAACAUGCAAGAACAUGAUGAAGAGGUGGAUACGAAUGAGGUUCCUGAAGAUGUAACUUCGCAGAUGGAAAAGGAGGAUCAAAAACAAGAAGAUAAAAUAAGACAGUUCUUCAGCAAAAUUGCUGGUGAUGACAUGGAAGUGGACUGGAAAGAUCUCAAGCAGUUAUUGGAUUAUGUAAUGGCAAAUGAUUUGCCUAGUGGUAGCACAAACUCAGGAGAUCAUUCACCCUCUGUUUGUACUCGCCUUUGUGGGGUGUUGUGUUGUGAUACAUCAGUAACAGAUUCAGAUGAUAAAAAUGGUUUUUCGAAAGAGAUCUGUCGAAGUAUGGUUGCCAUGAAAGAUACAGAUAAAUCUGGAAGGCUUGGUUAUGAAGAAUUCAUAUCACUGUGGAAAGACAUUAGGCUCUGGAGACAUGUGUUUAAAACUCAUGACAGACUGGGCAAUGGGACACUGAGCACAUUUGGGCUGCGUGAGGCAUUGAAUGCUGCAGGUUAUAAGUUAAAUAGCCACAUACUUAAUGUGCUCAUGCAUCGAUAUGGCACAAAAGAUGGAAAAAUUGCAUUUGAUGACUUCAUGCUAUGUGCUGUUAAGCUGAAGAUAAUGAUUGAUAUUUUUCAUAAAAGAGAUCCAGAAGGUACACGAAAUGCAAGUUUCAGCAUUGAUGAAUGGAUUGAGACCACACUCUAUUCUUGAAGAUUACCAUCCACUGCUUAUGCCACCUGUACUUCCAGCAUGCUAACAUGUGGAACAAAAUACUGCAGUGGAAGAGCAUGAAAGAAAAACUGAGAAACCGGACAGAGAUGAAUAAACUUAUCAUAUAAUUUCUUUCCAUGUGGUUCUUGAGUACAAAAGAACACAAUCGUUCAAACAAAAUAAGACUGUACAUACUUAACAUGACCGUAUAAUUCUUUUAAAUGUAUAUUUUUGUACUUAAUAUGUGUAAAUAUUGCAAUUG